AUAAAACCAUUUUCCAACAUGUGGAUGAGGAGAUGCAGGAGAGUUUGAUUGAGUGGUUGGAGGAACAUGGGUAUUGGAAGAGGAACAAUGGGUGGGGCCAUGUGAUUAUAUGUCAGGACCCCAAUGCAUUGUACAAGGUUGUGGAUAGAGUUAAGAAUGGGGUGUUGCUUGUUUCGGAGUUUUCGUUGGUGAAGGAUGUGAUAUUGCCAUAUUCGCAUCUGAUUAAAACCUUUGAUGGGGAUGUUGGUGUUGAGUCUAGGAAGUCGUUGGUGUUCUUUAUGGGGAACCGGUACCGGAAAGAGGGUGGGAAAAUUCGUGACAUGCUUUUUCAACUACUUGAGAAGGAAGAAGAUGUGAUAAUAAAACACAGUGCACCAUCCAGAGAGAGUCGACGUGCAGCUUCGCAAGGGAUGCAUACAUCAAAGUUCUGUUUACAUCCUGCUGGCGAUACUCCGUCAGCCUGUCAACUAUUUGAUGCUAUUGUGAGCUUGUGUGUUCCAGUUAUAGUUAGCGACUACAUUGAGUUGCCUUUUGAAGACGUUAUAGAAUAUAGAAAAAUUGCAGUUUUUGUCGAUACAAACUCAGCUGUAAAGCCUGGAUACUUGGUCAAAUCCCUUAGGGGAGUAAGCACAGAGAGAAUUCUGGAAUUUCAACAGGAGCUAAAAAAGCACCAAGCUUAUCAAUUACGUGAUUCAGGCGAAGCAAUACUUUGAGUAUGAGGAUGUAAAUGGAACUGAAAGA